AGAAUUCCUCCUCCUAGUCCUCUCAGAGGGUCCAUACCUACAGCCCAUCCUCUUUGGACUGUUCCUGUCCAUGUACCUGGUCACAGUGCUUGGGAACCUGCUCAUCAUCCUGGCUGUCAGCUCUGACCCCCACCUCCACACCCCCAUGUACUUCUUCCUCUCCAACCUGUCGUUGACAGACAUCUGUUUCAUCUCCACCACGGUCCCUAAGAUGAUUAUGGACAUCCAGACUCACAGCAGAGCCAUCUCCUACAUGGGAUGCCUGACACAGAUGUCCCUUUUUGCCAAUUUUGUCUGUAUGGAUGACAUGCUUCUGACUGUGAUGGCCUAUGACCGGUUUGUGGCCAUCUGUCACCCCCUGCGAUAUCCAGUCAUUAUGAACCCUCGUUUCUGCGGCUUCUUAGUCACGGUGUCUUUAUUAAUUAGCCUUUUCAACUCCCUGCUGCACAGUUUGAUUAUACUACAGUUUGCCUACUUCAAGGAUGUGGAAAUUUCUAACUUCUUCUGUGACCCUUCUCAACUCCUCAAUCUUGCCUGUUCUGAUACUUUUACCAAUAUCAUAGUCAUUUAUGUUAUAGGUGGCAUAUUUGGCUUUCUUCCCAUCUCAGGGAUCCUUUUCUCUUACUGUAAAAUUGUUUCCUCCAUUCUGAGGAUCCCAUCCUCAGAGGGGAAGUACAAAGUCUUCUCCACCUGUGGGUCUCACCUGGCAGUUGUUUGUCUAUUUUAUGGAACAGGUAUUAUAGAGUACCUUGGCACAGCUAUCUCACAUUCUCCCAGGAAGGGUGCAGUGGCCUCAGUGAUGUACACUGUGGUCAGCCCCAUGCUGAACCCCUUCAUCUACAGCCUGAGGAACAGGGACGUUAAAAGUGCCCUGAGGAGGCUGCACAGCAGGACGGUCUAA